AUGUUGAAAGCUUUUUUAGAUUCUGCCACUCGACCUUCUGAAAUUGCUGCUUUAGUUGAAUACAAGUUUUCAUCCAAAGCCAAUAUCAAUAAACGUCUUGAAAAGCGUUUGGCAGGGGACGCGUCCAAGAAACGUUGUUAUGAGUUCUUAAACUUGACAUCAAGAAGUUUUGCUGCUGUCAUUCAAGAAUUAGAUGAUGAAUUAAGAGAUGCUAUUUGUUUGUUCUAUCUCGUCUUGCGUGGUUUAGAUACAAUUGAAGAUGACAUGACAUUACCCUUGGACAGAAAAGUUGAAUUGUUACGAUCUUUUGAUCAGAUCAUCUAUCAAAAGGGCUGGAAUUUCCAUGAGAAUGGUCCCAAUGAAAAAGAUCGUAUCCUGUUAGUCGAGUUUGAUGUCGUGAUUCAAGAGUUCCUUCGUUUGAAACCUGAAUUCCAACUUGUCAUUGCCGACAUCACAAAGCGAAUGGGUAAUGGUAUGGCUGACUAUGCUACAGGAGAACAUAGAGAGAACACGUCUGUGGCUACGAUAGCUGAUUUUGAUCUCUAUUGUCACUAUGUUGCUGGUCUUGUAGGCUAUGGUCUCUCGGACCUCUUUGCCGCUUCGGGACUUGAAUCCCCUGAAAUCAAAAAAGAUAAAACCUUGUCCAACUCAUUAGGUUUAUUCUUACAAAAGACCAAUAUCAUUCGAGACUACCGUGAAGAUUUAGAUGAUGGACGUCAAUUUUGGCCCCGUGAGAUCUGGGGCAAAUAUGCUGACAAGUUUAGUGAUUUCACUAAGCCUGAAUAUAAAGAACAAGCACAACAGUGUUCGAGUAACAUGGUCUUAAACAGCUUGAGUCAUGUUCCUGAUGUGUUGGUCUAUCUCUCUCAACUCAAAAACCAAUCUGUCUUUAAUUUCUGUGCUAUCCCUCAAGUCAUGGCUAUUGCCACACUCUCUCUUGUAUUUAACAAUCCUGAUAUUUAUCAGCGUAAUAUCAAGAUUCGAAAAGGUGAAGCUGUCAAAUUGAUCUUGGCAAGCACACAUAUGGACAAUGUGGUUGAUAUCUUUAGACACUAUGUAUUUGAAAUUGGCAGAAAGAACAUUGCCACAGACCCUAAUUUUAUGGAGAUUUCUAUCUUGAUUGGCAAGAUUGAACAAUGGAUUGCUGCUAACCAUAAGCCUACUCAAAAGACAGUUCAAACAUCUCAAUCUUAUCUUUUGUUACCUAUCCUUGUUGGUCUUGUUGGUUUCUUUAUCUAUUAUGUACGUCUUUAA